UGAUGAUGGCCAAGGAGAAACCGCCAAUAACUGUGGUUGGAGAUGUUGGAGGAAGAAUUGCCAUCAUUGUGGAUGACAUCAUCGAUGAUGUGGAAACCUUUGUGGCUGCUGCAGAGAUCCUGAAGGAGCGCGGAGCCUACAAGAUUUUUGUGAUGGCUACUCACGGGCUCCUGUCAGCAGACGCCCCCCGGCUCAUAGAGGAAUCCUCCAUCGAUGAGGUGGUGGUAACCAACACGGUUCCUCACGAGGUACAGAAGCUGCAGUGCCCCAAGAUAAAGACUGUGGAUAUCAGUUUGAUUCUCUCUGAAGCCAUCCGACGAAUCCACAACGGCGAGUCCAUGGCCUAUCUCUUCCGCAACAUCACUGUCGAUGACUAGACCUGGCGCUGCCCCUGUCCUGGCUUCCACGAGAGAAGGAAAUGUGCAUGAAAAGGCAAUACCAUAAAUUAUAGGCAUAACACAACCGUUUAUUCUUGUAGGAGCGUGAAGGUUUUCAGGGUCUUGAGCCAUGAGAUCUAAUAGAACAAAUCAUCCUGACCAGCACUUUACAGGUGAAUAGAAGAGGCCACUGGCAGUGGGGAGGAUUACAUCCUAAUUGAGAGAGGUGGAGAAAGGAGGUGGUGUUGAAUUUUUAAGUUCCUUGAAUUUUUAUUUUAUUUUUUAGUGUUAUCUCUUGCCCUGUAGGGGGGGGGGUGAGAA